GCGUCGGUUGCGUACUGCAAAAUCUUAACGGAAGCAGUACACCAUCCGGGUAUUUCUCGCAGACUUGGAAUUCGGACAUACUACCCCUCUGGCGUACUGCUUUUCGCCUUCGAUAUAGUAGGACAUGGCUGUAAAUGUGUACUCCACUUCAGUGACGAGCGACAACCUGAGUCGCCAUGACAUGCUCGCAUGGAUCAACGAGUCUUUACAGAUGAACCUCACAAAGAUCGAGCUGCUAUGUUCAGGUGCUGCCUACUGUCAGUUUAUGGACAUGCUCUUUCCUGGCUGUGUGCCGUUGAAGAAAGUCAAAUUUUCAGCGAAGUUAGAGCAUGAAUACAUUCACAAUUUUAAGAUCUUGCAAGCUGGAUUCAAGAGAAUGGGUGUUGACAAAAUCAUCCCUGUCGACAAGUUGAUAAAGGGCAAGUUCCAGGACAACUUUGAGUUCGUGCAGUGGUUUAAGAAGUUUUUUGAUGCCAACUACGACGGGAAAGACUACGACCCGGUGGAGGCACGCCAAGGGCAGGACACAAUGCCUGUGCCCAACCCAGUCAUGCCUGCUCUCAACAAGCCCAAAAAGAUCCUGAACGCAGCGCCGCAAAGAGCAGCUGUUGCCAAGGUAGCACCCAAGAUGACUCCUAGUUCCGCACGGAGGCCAGGGGCCGGUGGUGACGACGAAAGGGCGGAGCUUAUACAAGAGGUGAAUAUUCUGAAGUCCACGAUCCAGGACAUGGAGAAGGAGCGAGACUUUUACUUUGGUAAAUUGAGGAACAUUGAGCUGAUCUGUCAGGAGAAGGAGAGUGAGGGAGACCCCACCCUGCAGAGGAUUGUGGAUAUUCUCUAUGCCACAGAUGAGGGCUUUGUCAUACCAGAUGCUGAAGCAGAGGACCAGGAGGAGUUCUAAUGCCUAUUACUAGAUCCAGCUGUGUCCUUGUCUCCUCCCUCAUCUCUACACAUUCACGCCCUCCUGCUGUCUCAGAUCAACGUUACGCAUUUUGGACUCAAUGAACACUGUAUGGAAAGUAAUUUGGGAUGCAUACAGAGUUAAAGUAGCUACAUUAGAAGAACCUCCUCUGAUGCCUUCUUAGAGAAGAGCACAACGCGGCCGCUCAGCUGAUCUCGCUGGGUUCAGGAGAGUUGGAGCAUUUCGUCUCUAAAAAUUCAGUAUCGCGUAACGUUCCUGCAACUUCAGUGGAACUUGCAAAUUUUUUCAUUGUUAGAUAUUCAUCUUUGACCGUUUUCUUUUUGCCAGGGUGUGAAUAAAGGGGAUGUCCUCUUUCCCUCACACAAUGGGUGGCAUGUACGUCAUCAUAAUAAUGCUAUACUAAUGAUUUUUUUUUAUAUUUAAAAAUGUACUUCCUUCACAAAAUCUUAGUUUUUGCCUUGGGUUCAGAUGUGAAUUAGUGAAAAAUCCUUUUAAAAAAACAAACAAAAAAAAUCCACAUCAGUUUACAUUGCUUUUUAUUCCUAUGCGAUUAUUUUUGUGAAAGGCUUGUAGCAGUCACCUUUUCUCCAGCUUUGAUCCUGUGACUGUGCCUUAUAGACUGAGUGGAGGGAGACCAGUCUGAUGUCUGUGUUCGUCUUUGUGUGUCAGAAUAAUUUUCUCAUGGUCUAGGAAGUACGUUUUUUGCAGCAAAGAGGGUUGAUUUCGUUUAUGAUCGUUCCAAAAUCGGCCGCAAACUGCCACGAUUGUGAUCGUAAACUUUCUCGGUGGUCGUUUGGGAUGUUUUUUCUAACUGUGAUAUCAGCAUAGUUGCAAAAAAAAAAAAAAAAAACAUCCUCUGCGACAUAAUCAUUCUUAAUAUUUGAUUUGUUUGUGGAGAAAAAAAUAAUCAUUCUUAAUUCAUUGUCCGCUACAGCGGUGGAUUCAGGCCAAAUUAAGAAAUAGCAAGACAUAUUCCACAUUUUUGCACUUGGGGUGCAUAGAUUUUUUUAAUUUUUUUUUACUACUUAAUAUUUAAUGUCAUUUUACCAUUUCACACCUUUUAAUCUCUGCCUUGGUAGAACUCGCAUUCUGUAUUGGCAAGUGUUUAAAUCAAAUUAAAGAAAUGUUUGAACAUUUGCUUAUUUUUUUCAUUGAUGUUUUUGGUUCUGAAAUAACUGUAAGGCUUUCAGGUGCAGACGUUCAGUCUUCCUUUUCUCCCCAACAAAUUGUGCAUGGAAGGUAGUAGGUUACUAGGAUUCAUCUAUAAGGCCAAAAGUUCACAAGUUCCAUCACAGCAAUAUGUGCUUUUUGAACAUCCCAUUUUUGCUAUUUUAGUAACCUCCAAUGUUCUGGAAAGGCUUUCCAGUAGGCUUUGGAGCGUGUCUGUGGGGAUUAGCCCAUUCAGCCACAACAGUAUUAAUGAGAUCAGGCACUGAUGUGCGAGGAGACCUGGCGCACGGUCGGCAUUCCAGUUCAUCAGAUAUAUGUUCAGUGGGGUUGAGUUUGGGGAAGGCUCACAUAUGGGUGUGACGGUCAGGUGUCCAUAUACUUUUGGCCUUGUAGUGUAUUUUCAAAUACGUUAAUGUUUAUGUAGAAUGGUAUAUCUACAAAAAUAUUGUGAUCGAUUUUUAAAAUGCUUUUUUUUUUUUUUUUUUUUUUUAAACCCAAAUUGUAGAUUACAUUACAUUCCAGUUGGGCAAUAAGAAGAGGCCACUUCUGCUAGUGUAAGAAGAAAAAAAACAAGCAGAACAUUGCACCUCCUGUAGUAUGUAAUUCUUACUUUUUAAGUUGUAUCUAAAGAAAUCCCAACACAUCACAUCCAUUAAUUUAAUUUCUGGUCAGUUGUUUGGACUAGGGCUUAGAUAACGUAGAGACUUUUUCCUGAUGAUUGUUGAUCACUAUGCUUACUGUAUCUUCUCAUGUAGCAGUAAUGGAACAGAACUUCUGCUUUUAUUAGCUGGUUAUUCAAAUAUAUUUGGGUUUUGGCUUUAUACACUGAAAUGUUCAACUUCUUUAGUUCUUGGCACUGUUAUGCCCAAUGUCCAACACUGUCAAGGUUCUUGCUCUUGCAACACUGCCUGACUGUUAUUAGUCUAAUGCCUUGACUGAUCCUUCAACAUCAGCGAAUAAACAGUUCCGUUCACUGAAGGUUUGUUUUUUUUGUUGGUUUGUUUGUUUUUGUGUCGGUCAAAAGUGAAGUAAACUUGGUAUCACCAUGAGAUGCUAACGUGCAGUGGUUUUUGGAACCUGGGUCGCUGAUAAAGACACUCCAAAGAACAGAGUGCUGUAAUAAAAGUAGCAAUCAAAAUAAAAAACGUUCUGGGAUAUAUUACAUAAUCAAUCUGAUGUUCCUCUUUUGUUUGUGCUGUAUGAUGGUAAAAUGCUGUGUAAUGUAUCCAGGUUUAAAAAUGGAAAGUAACCAAAUCGCAGUGGUGCUCUCUCUUCUCCGAAUAUUCAAUCUUGAUCUUUUUGUUCUUUGGACUUCAGGAUCAUCUACAGAGAUGACUUCUACACUGUGAGCUUAUUGCGGCUUGUGUACUUACCCGCUUAAUUUGAAUUUUUUAUUUUUACAAUGUUCUUCUCUGGUCCAAGCUCUUUUUUUGUGUACUUGGGUGUGUGGAAUUUCUCCUUUUUAAACUGUAUUUGCCAUCAUCAGUUUCUUACAAAUAAAACAGUAUUACAUGUGUGUACUGAUAA